AGGUUGUCUCCCCCAGCCCCCGCUCCUUUCCAGACCUAGACUGGCAAGUUCACUGACUUUUGGGAUCCUCAGCUACUCCCUUGUCUCGGCUGGACUUUGUCAACAGAUGGGGACACUCUCCCCUACCCGUCUUUAGGGUGGCUGAGAGGCAGGAUUCUCUGCCGGGAAGCGCCAGGCCACUCCUGCCCAGAUCCCCACCCACCUCCACUUGUCUGCUGGCCUGGCAACUGGGUCUGGCUGACCUGUUUCUCACAUAAGCUAGCAGCUCCUGACAGCACCUAGACAGUAAGGCCCUUGGCUUUGGCUGGCACAGAGGGGCAGGAGAGCCAGCAGCACCAAGUGACCAGGCAGAUGUGCCCCCCGGAGAGUUCCUUCCAACCUUCUCAGUUCCUACUGCUGGUGGGGGUCCCAGUGGCAAGUGUCCUCCUUCUGGUCCAGUGCCUGCGAUGGCACUGUCCUAGAUGGCGGCUGGGGAUCAGCAGGAAGCCAGAUGGCCAACAGGAGCCAGAGUCCCAACCUGUCCCCCUGCCAGAAAAUGAGGCCCCAAGGCAGGGCCUGCCAGCCACGCUGCCAGAGAUGGCUGCCUUCUACCAGGAACUGCACACACCCACUCAAGGCCAGACUGUCAUCCGUCAGCUGAUGCACAAACUGUUGGUGUUUUCGGCUCGAGAGAUGGAUCACCGGGGUGGCUGCCUGAUGCUCCAGGAUACGGGCAUCUCCUUGCUCAUCCCACCAGGUGCGGUGGCUGUGGGCCGGCAGGAGCGAGUGUCUUUGAUCCUGGUGUGGGACCUGUCAGAUGCCCCGUCGCUAUCCCGAGCCCAGGGGCUGGUAAGCCCUGUGGUGGCAUGUGGCCCCCAUGGGGCCUCUUUCCUGAAGCCUUGCACCCUCACAUUCAAACACUGCGCCCAGCAGCCCAGCCAUGCCCGUGCCUACAGCAGCAAUACCAACCUGCUCGAUGCCAAGGCCUGGAAGCCCCUGGGGCGGUCGGGGGCUCACGCCUCUCGGGAUGAGUGUCGCAUCCACCUCUCCCACUUCAGCCUCUACACCUGUGUGCUGGAGGCAGCUUCGGGGCGGGCAGCCCGCAAAUGGCUGCAGCUGGCCGUGUUCUGCUCACCGCUGGUGCCAGGGCAGUCCCACCUGCAGCUGCGUGUCUACUUCCUGAACAACACGCCCUGCGCCCUGCAGUGGGCCCUGACCAACGAGCAGCCCCACGGAGGGCGCCUGCGCGGGCCCUGCCAGCUCUUCGACUUCACCGGGGCCAGAGGCGACCAGUGCCUGAAACUCCAGUACAUCUCAGAGGGUUGGGAGAACGUGGAUGACAGCAGUUGCCAGCUGGUCCCCCAUCUCCACAUCUGGCAUGGAAAGUGCCCCUUCCGUUCCUUCUGCUUCCGGAGAAAAGCAGCCAAUGAGAACGAGGACUGCUCGGCACUAACCAAUGAGAUCAUUGUCACCAUGCACACCUUCCAGGAUGGCUUGGAGACCAAGUACAUGGAAAUCCUCAGAUUCCAGGCAUCAGAGGAGGAACCCUGGGCAGCACCACCCCCUGUCUCCCAGCCACCCCUGUGCAAUAGGCUGCCUCCAGAGCUCUUUGAGCAGCUGCAGAUGUUGUUGGAGCCAAAUAGCAUCACGGGCAAUGACUGGCGUAGACUGGCCUCCCACCUGGGGCUCUGCGGAAUGAAAAUCCGGUUCCUGUCCUGCCAGCGCAGCCCGGCCGCAGCCAUCCUGGAGCUGUUCGAGGAGCAGAACGGCAGUCUGCAGGAGCUGCACUACCUCAUGACGGUCAUGGAGCGGCUGGACUGCGCCUCCGUCAUCCAGAACUACCUGAGCAGGUCGCAGGCCGGCAGCCCGGCCCCAGUCCGCGGCCGUGCCCAGGAUAACCAGGGCCUGGAGCUGGACGAGAAGCUCUGAGCGCCCGGCCGCGGCACCCGGGGCAGAGGGAGCUCGGGGGUGUGCCUCAGCGCCUAAGAACACAGCAGCGGGUCCUGGCCGUGCCUGCUGCCCUCCUCUGAGCCCUCGGACGGUGCCCGGGGCCACCCGUGAGGCCGCGGUGCCCUCGCCAGCCUCCCGGCGUCGGACUCCCCAGACCGCCGACGCGGCGCUGCCUGCAGGUCCCCUCCUGGCCGGCAGGGGGCGCGGGAGCCCAGGAGAUGGCCGCGGCAGGCCCGUCUCCUGGAAGCUGGCCCGGGACGCUCAGGCUGCCCCGCGGGCGCAGCUUAGGGACUGGGCGGGCCACGGUAUUUGCGGACCCUCAGUAAGACCCAGCACUGGGCUGGUGUCACGGGGAAUACUGGAGUACGUGAGGGAGGGUCUGGAGCCGUGACAGGCACAGCUCUCCGGGGAGGCACCAUGCGCUCCCGUGAGCUGAGGGCGAACUCAAACCGCGCCCAGGCUGCGGGCAGGGGGUGCGGGUGUGGCGCGACCUGUGUGCGCGCGGGAGCAGCGAGAGUGCUGCAUGGGGCAUGUUGGGGAGAGAGGAUGGGGACUUGCAGGGUGGAUGAGAGAUGUGUAGGCGGGGGUAGGGGGAGAGCGUGGCUGGAGUUAGGAGCACAGCGUGCGUCUGCAGGGCCGGAGGCUUUCAGGAGGCCCUGCGUGUGAGGCCAGGGCAGGAGGAGGGCUCCAGGCCAGACCGAGAGAUGGACGGGCAUACCUGGCCCACCCCCUCUGUCUCCGUUACCUUCCUUUUAUCUCUUUACGCUCAUGCCUUGUCUUCCCCUCUCUCUGCCAUUAUCUCCCACAAAACAUUAAAGCUCAGAAGAAAUUUUAAGAUUACUAUUCUCACCGAACCCUUUUAUCUCUUUAUCUCCAACUAUGUGAGUUUUAAGUCUCUCCGGCUUCAUUUUUCUGUCUCUGUCUCCUGCAGUUGUUCCAUCUCUGAAUCUGUCUCAUUCUGUUACUCUCAGUCUCGGCAUCGUUCUUCCUCUACCUCAUUACUGUGCCCUGUCUUUGUUUCUCUCUCUGAAACCCUCAGUCAUUCCCCUCAGGCAAGUGUUUCUAAACCAAUGUUCUGUUUCAGAGGCUAUUGAAAGAGACUGGGUUAGUCUAGGAAUGGAUGGGAGGGGAUGUUUUCCCCAUGGAUCAAGAUCCAGUUAAGGGUCAGGAAAUAAAACAUAGGGAUUAAAGAGCACCCCAUCAGUCAACAGGUAUUUGUUCAACACCUACUAUGUGUUAGACACUGUAUACAAAAGAGAUGAAUAGGCCGAGUCCUGAAAAGAGAAUGCAGGGUUGGACUCAAUUCUGGCAAUGCUUUUGUUUGCAAACAGGUGUUGUUAAUUUGUUCAAGGGCAGGCAAGCAAACUCUCUGGCAACACUAGCAAUUUGCUUCUGUAUUUAAUUAAACAUAUUAAAGCUUUUUCUAUGAU